GGCUAUUCUGUCAUCGCUAUCAUAGGCAUUGCGCGCACGGCGAAUGCCUACAGAAACAAAAAGGGUCGGCUGAGAUGGACCUUACUGCUGCUUAUGACCGGACCCUUGGUGGCUGUCGAUUCCACGCACCCAUAUGGAUAUGUGCCGUACGCCAUAUUUCCAUUCUUGUAUAUGUUCAUAACGUCCAGCAUAGUUGUUAAGGUCUUACGACGGACAUGG